CGUAUGUUAGUUAAACCGGUGCUACCUCUAUAUAUAUAUAUUAAAUUUAUUAGAUAAAUUUGUAGGUUUUUUUCAGAAGAAAUAUGUCGGUAGGUCAGGAUAAGUCUAUGAGCCGGCCUCGAAGUGCCAAACCGAGAUGGCAACUAGAUUUUAGUAAAUCCUCCGGAGGUUCAGAACUUUCUUCUCCUCCAGGUUACGCUCCUGGAGCUGCAUCAACCCAUCACGAAGCAUCCAGAGAGUCCGAUCCCAACCUGAGAAUAAAGCGGAGCUGGGAUGUAGCUCUAGGUCCGAUGAAGCAGGUUCCCAUGAACCUGUUCAUCAUGUACAUGUCAGGGAACAGCAUAUCCAUCUUCCCAAUCAUGAUGGUUAUCAUGAUGAUGGUCAGACCUGUGAAGACGAUGUUUACAGUUAAACAGACGUUUAAAUCUUUUGAAUCUGGAUCCGGCGGUAUUGUCACAAAUACUAUAGGGCAGAAAUUUGUAUUUGUACUUGGUAACUUGGCCAACCUGGCACUGGCGAUGUACAAAUGCCACGGCAUGGGUUUACUACCCACACACGCCUCGGACUGGCUCGCCUUCGCAGAUCCUUUAGAGAGAGCUGAGUACGGGCUCGGCAGUAUAGGACUAUAAACUUGCGUAUUUUACAGACCAGAUUUCGCGCAUUUCUUCUUGGGAGUCAAAUACCCAGUAAAACUUAAUUAGAUGUAUGUUAUUGUUUUUGUAUUUGUGUUAUUUAUACGUUAGUAUGUGGUAUUUGAUUUAUAUUUUAUCUAUUGGCAAAGCAGGAUCAAUAUAUAAUUUUGAAAAUUUUCA